AUGCGUCUUCAGAUGGUGACGUCAUAUCUAGUGGCCUACACGACACCGGAAGCUGUUUCAACAACACGGAUGCUGACUCAUUCAACCACCUCCGUAGCCUGUGAAGAGGGAGAGGAAGAGGAGACUGAAGAUCUGAUUAACACCAGAGAGACACCAGACUCUCACGAUGACAGCGGGAAGAGUUCUUCAGGGAAACCAGACCCGGCGACACCCAAACCAACGAGACGACAUCAAUGCUCCCACUGUGGAAAGAGUUUUCCCUGGUUAAGGGCCCUGAAGCAGCAUAAGAAAAAACACUCUGGAGAGAAGCCUUAUCGCUGUUCUCAAUGUGGAAUGACUUUUACCUGGGCAGGAAGCCUAUGGGGGCAUAAGAGAAUACACUCUGGAGAGAAGCCUUACCACUGCUCCCACUGUGGAAAGAGUUUUAGGAAGUUAGGUGACCUGAAGGCGCAUGAGAGGACACACACAGGAGAAAAGCCCUACCAAUGUUCCCAGUGUGGAAAGAGUUUUAGCCAUUCAGGGAGCCUUAAAGACCAUGAGAGGAGACACAGACAAGAAAAACCCUACCAAUGCUCCCUGUGUGGAAAGAGUUUUAUCACGUUAGGGAACCUAAAACAGCAUAAAAGGACACACACAGGAGAAAAGCCCUACCAAUGCUCCCAGUGUGGAAAGAGUUUUAGCCAUUCAGGGAGCCUUAAAGACCAUGAGAGGAGACACAGACAAGAAAAACCCUACCAAUGCUCCCUGUGUGGAAAGAGUUUUAUCAAGUUAGGGGCCCUGAAUCGGCAUGAGAGGACACACACAGGAGGGGAUAAGACGUACCACUGCUCCCUGUGUGAAAAGAGUUUUAACCGGUUAAGACUUCUGAAUAAGCAUGAAAGAAUACAUACACAGGAGGAGAAGACAUACCGCUGCUCACUGUGUGGAAAGACAUUUUCCCAGGCAGAGGACCUGAAAGCACAUGAGAGAAUAGAGAGGCUGUGUUCUGACUUGUGCUUUUGACUGAGAAUUAGUGUUUUUUUGUUUCAUGCCACAUUAAAUCAUAUUGUUUAUGAUUAAACCUGUCUAUAUAAUACAUAACUCUACUAUAACACACACAGGAGAAGAAGACCUUCCACUGUUCUCAUUGCUUUUGACUGAGAAUUCUUUUUUUUUUGUUUUUGAACCCACUGAUAGGUUUGGAUUUCUAAAUGUUAAAUAUUGUUAAUCAUCAGUUAUACUAGAGACAUAAGGGGUGCCAUAGUCUGGUUUCUACAACAGAAGUGAAUGGUUAUGUGUAGGAGGAAUGUAUAUGGUGGAUUCAGUUAAGCUUGGAAUGUAUUGAGUGAAGGGAGGACGAUCACAUGUUGGCAGGCACUGAUAAGGGUGGCAAACCUGGUCAAGAACUACAGGAAAUGUAUGAUCUCUGUAAUUGCAAACAAAGGUUUCUGUACCAAAUAUUAAGUUCUGCUUUUCUGAUGUAUCAAAU